CUUUGAAACGGAACAUCAACAAGAGACCAACCGUCAGCUGUCAGUAGUUUCGUGAUAAGCGGGUGGUAUUUUUUCUUUUGGCGAAAGGUCGGGCCCGCUGUUUUCGUCCGCUGCCGUUUAUUUUAGAUAAAUUUCAACAGUGCGAGACUGAGUAUUUCCCUCCCGGAAGUCAAAGUUCUAGACCAACGCAAGAUACUCGCAGGCGAUGUCUUUAGGUGAUACCGUCCAUUAUCUGCUUGUCGGCAAUCCGCUGAGUAAUUCUGUCAUCUCAACUGCAGCCGGGAUCGCCAGAAGUACCGGCUUAAUCUCAUCAAAAACUACUCCAGGAAGUUCUCGAUCAGUAACAACAAAAAACAUGGCAAACUCUUUACCGCUAUGGAAAUUGGCUGGCAACAAUUUAUAUUUCGUACGUUUAGCUGGACUCAGCGGUGCGACUGCUGUUAUUCUGGGCGCAUAUGGUAGUCAUCGUAAAUAUCCAGAUGACAAAGGAGAAUUGCGUGGUGUCUUUGAAGUGGCAAAUCGUUUUCAUUUCUUUCAUUCACUUGCUCUAGCUGCGAUGCCAUUAGUACGACGACCGGCCGUGACUGCUCCAUUAAUGAUACUAGGAAUGGUUUUAUUCUGUGCACCGUGCUACUAUCGAGCAUUCACUGGUGAUCGAAGUUUCUCUAGAUUGGCGCCCAUUGGGGGUUGCUGCCUUAUAUUAGCAUGGGCAACAAUGAUGCUUUAAAGUCAACUUCGUCCAAUUGUCAUUGUCACUCUCUAAAUCAUGUCAUGAAUGUAUACAUCCGGCAACAAACCAUAUUAUGUGAACAAAUAUAUAAAUAAAUGGAUAGGAUUUUUUCGUGAUUCAAUAAAAUGAAAGUUGUAGUUAAAGGGAUAGAGAUUUAAUUUUAAAAUAAAUUAUCUUGGGAACAUGU